AUGAAAGAUAUUGCUUUGGCUGCUCUCUCGGUUGUCGCAAGUUUUAUUCUUGUUAUACUGUUUGUUUUAUUUGGAUGGUUCAUUGUUUGGAAGCUAAUUCUAAGUAGGUUCCGUUUUAUAAAAGAACUAUUGAAGGGAGCAAGUGACUCAACAAUUACAGAAUUAAAAAACACUAGGAGUAAACUCAAGAGAACAAGAAAGGACUGA